AUGUUGCCCGCCUCGGGGACCGCCAGCCGGUCAGACACUGUGACGAGCCCGACAUCGAGCGCUGGGAGUACCGGCCAUGAUCGUUUUGCUCUCAUAACAGAAGGGUCAAGCCUGACUGCCGAAGAGAUGCUGGUACGCCGCGACAUACUCUUACGGCAUGUGAACGCCUACAUGGACAACAUGUACUGGCUGCCGUGCCAAGGGUUUCUGCACCCAAGCACUACCUACAGAGAAAUUCAGGAAGGCACGUUUGACCCCGUUGUGGCAGCGGCCGUGUGCGGUAUCACGGCGGUCUUCGUGAGCCCCAGCGAUUCCGGGGGCGAGUUUGGCGUCAAAUGCAGCGCACACGUCGAAAUGUACCUGUUCCAAAACAUUUACAAGUUUUCCGACGAUCUGUUGGUCCUCUUUGCCUUGAGCAUAACGUUCAAUCUGAUACGCGGAGAAUUUGCCAAGCUUUGGCAGUCCUUUGGCGUCGCCUCGAGGCUCAUGCUCGGUCUACGAGUCAACUGGGAUGUACAGUCCCAGAAUCAAACGUUUGCUCAACAAGAGUGCUUGCGACGUAUCGCUUGGCAGCUCUUCUACUUGGAUCGCAUGCUCGCGGGCGGGUAUGAAGAGUACAUUUCCUGUCGCGCCGAAAAUAUGCAAAUUGCCUUGCCGUGCUCGGAAGCAGCCUUUCGAGACAACAGACCAAUCAGUGCCGAGAGAUUGUAUGACAAGCCCGGAAGUCAUCCAAGUACCAUCAAUCUACACGGGUAUCAGCUUCGUCUCAUUGAUCUGCGACACCGUAUACAAGUACUGCAGAACGAACUGACUCGAUUCCACAUGUCGUUGCCGCCCGAAAUCCUUCUGAGUGACCAAACCGUUGCCAAAUACAUGGCUUCCCCCGAACGAGCUGGCUACGUAUUUCUGCACACUCACCUGGCCGUGAGCCAUAUUGACCUGUACCGGUUCUCACUCCCAGGUCAACGAGACAAGGUGUCGGCCGAGGUUCUUCGCAAGCUUCCGAGGGAGUUCAUAGCUCGGUCGCAGAAACAGGCUGUAGCUCAUGCAAUGUGCCUCGGCCGGUUUUGCGACGCAAUUCAAAACGAGGUUGACCAGAUGCGCGACACUGGAAAGCUUGAGCUUGCCGGCGAUUGUUCGACAUUUCAGAUGUCAACUCAAUGCGUUCGCGUCUUGUUAGUGGCUCUGCAGUAUGGGCUGUACCGAGACAUCGCCGAUGUUACGACGGCACCACUGUGGCGGAGCGUUGAGGUCGACGAGGCACACAUUCGCUUCCUUAUUGAUUCAGUGCAAAGGGUUACGAGGCCUUGGUGCGACAUAUUGAACGUUGCGCGACAGGCGUACGACCACAACGUCACACUAGUUGAAGAUUUCAACAAGACUCGGAAAGUAGCAGACCAGAGGGUCGCCGAGAGCAUGUUUGGGUCCAGAUCUGAAGGCUCAAAUCGCGUACCGGGUCCUGACGCCAUCCUCAAGAGCAUCGCUACUGGCGAACCUGAAGAGUACCACAGGCGAAUGGCCUCUCACAGUCCUUCUGAUUCUGCUCGGUGGGUUGGAUCCCAACCAUCACCACCGGCUCUAAACAUGUUUGCCACAAAGCCAGGAGCUCAAGCAAUCGAGGCAAGCCAGGGAGAUGCCGCACCAGGGAUUCCACUGUUCCUUGCCCAGGCCAGAAUUAGACCUGGUAGCGCCGCACAAGAUCCGCUCAUGUACGACGCUGACAACUCUUUGAUCCCAAUGGGAGAUUUGGAUGCCGUGCUGCCGGACACGAACCCGCUUAUGAAUGUCGAGGGCAUGCCUAUGCCAGGAAUGCAUAGCGGCGACCCGUCCAUGUUUCAUCAGGCGAUACCACAACCAAGUGCAGGCUUCCUAAUGGCCCAGCAAAGCGUCUUUGGCGGAGACGCCUUUGUGGAUCACUACAUGAAUCGACAACACGGCCAUGGCGGUUAUUCACAACCUCCCGGUGGCUAUUAG